AUGAUCGCAAAUGUGGUACCGUGUAAUAUGGAAACUGUGUUGUACGAGUACCGUGUAAUACGAGGGACGCAUACAGGUCUUAUUAGGAUAGAAAAUAAAGAGUAUUUCAUCGAACCUUAUUAUGGAAAACUUUCCAACAAUUCAUCUAAAGGGCAAACUCAUGUGAUUUAUCCAAAAUCUGCCUUGAAGCCUUCUCGGAUCCCCAUCGAAGGAACCUGUGGAAAUGUAGAUUUUUCUCCACUAAAAGACCAUUAUUCAAACGAAAUAAUUUCCAAAGAUACUAAAAGGAGAAGGAGAAAACGUUCCGUCAGCAUUGAAAGAAACGUGGAGACACUGGUGGUGGCGGACAAAAUGAUGGUGGAUUAUUACUCUGAAGAAGACAUUGAAACCUACAUUUUAACAGUUAUGAACAUGGUAUCAUCUUUGUAUCAUGAUGCAAGUAUUGGAAACGCUAUUAACAUCGUCCUGGUCAGACUUAUUCUUUUAGAAACGGAAGAUCAAGAAAAAGCCGAAGAUUUAACCAUCAGUCAGCAUGCAGAUGACACAUUACGCAGCUUCUGCAGGUGGCAGAAAUUCGUCAACCCCAAAGAUGACAACCAUCCCAAUCACCACGACGUCGCCGUUUUACUCACCAGGUACAAUAUCUGCACCAAAGUCAACGAGCCUUGCAGCACUCUCGGCUUGGCGGAAGUGGCGGGGAUGUGCCAACCUCAUAGGAGUUGCAACGUCAAUGAAGACACUGGCCUAGCUUUAGCUUACACAGUGGCACACGAGAUGGGGCAUAAUUUUGGCAUGGCGCACGAUGGUCCUCACAACGGUUGCCAAGCUCCUUCCGGGGAACGACAGCAUGUGAUGUCUCCGCAUCUCAACUCCGACACCAGUCCUCUUGUGUGGUCUAACUGCAGCAGAAAUGAAAUCACGAAAUUUUUGGACCGUGAUUGGGGAAACUGCUUGGACGACGAGCCAUCGGACCACGAAUUUUUUUUUCCUCAGCUACCACCGGGAGCCAUGUAUGACGCAAAUCACCAAUGCCGGCUUCAGUACGGUCCGGACGCUGAGCAUUGCGAAGGAAUCGAAGAUGUAUGCCAAACUCUGUGGUGCCGACAAGACAACAAGUGCGUCACCCGUCUGGAGCCUGCUGCCGAAGGGACGCUCUGCGACAAGAACAUGACAAUAUAG